AGUGGAGGCAGGAAGGAGAAACAUUAGAGGAAACCACAAAAUAGUGACACUAGUGCAGACAUGGACCUGCGGUCAGAGCUGCUCAAGUCCAUCUGGUAUGCCUUCACGGCACUGGAUCUGGAGAGAAGUGGAAAGGUGUCCAAGUCUCAGCUCAAGGUGUUAUCGCACAACCUCUGCACUGUUUUGUGUAUCCCCCAUGACCCAGUUGCUUUGGAGGAACACUUCAGGGAUGACGACGACGGCCCAGUCUCCAGUCAGGGUUAUAUGCCCUACCUCAACAAAUACAUCCUGGAUAAGGUAGUACAUGGCUCCUUCAACAAGGAAGACGUAGAUGAGCUGUGUUGGACCCUCACAGCAAAGAAAAACUACAAACCGAACAGAAGUUCAAACACUGUUCUGCCAGAGCAAGAUGCAUUUCGGCUUUGGUGCCUUUUUAACUUUUUGUCUGAGGACAAGUACCCCUUGGUUAUGGUCCCUGAUGAGGUGGAGUACCUUCUGAAGAAGAUCUGCUCAGCAAUGAGCAGCGAGCUCAACUGUGUUGAACUAGAGGACUUCUUCUCCCAAGAUGCAGUGCAACAGAAAGGCAUCACCGCCUGGCUGUUUCUGGAUAUGAUGGAUACAGGAAAGAUAUCCCGAGGACUGGAUAGGGGGGCCAUCAGCAUGGCCGUAGAGGAAGUAUACAGGGAGAUGGUUGGCGAUGUCCUCAAAGAGGGUUAUCUGUGGAAGAAAGGCCAGCUUAGGAGAAACUGGAAGGAGCGCUGGUUCACGCUGAGGCCGAGCAACUUGUCCUACUACACUGGGGAGGACCGCAAGGAGUGCCAGGGCAAAAUCACUCUGGACGGGAACUGCUGUGUGGAGCGACAGGCAACCCAACCCCGCCCACCACCAGCAGGCAGACAAGCCCAGGAAUACCACAGAGAGAGCAGGAGGAUGGCAGAAAGAAAAAGGAGUGCUUUUUGGGUGCUACCAGAUCGCGAUGGCAGACGUUGUAUGUUCUGUCUAAAAACCUUCUCCAAGACCUAUGAGAUGAGCGCCUCAGACACCAAGCAGAGACAAGAAUGGACAACAGCCAUUCAGACGGCUAUCAGGCUGCAUGUGGAGGGCAAGAAGUCCCUCCACAAGGAUUUGAAGCUGAAGAGGCGGGAGCAGCGGGAGCAGCGAGAGAAGAGGAGGCAGGCAAAGGAGGAGGAGUUGCAGAGACUGCGGGCCCUUCAGGAGGAACGCGAGCGUAAGCUGGCAGAGCUGGAGCUCCUGAGGGAGGCACAGAAGGAGGCCCAGAGCCUCCUGGAACAGGAUGAAGACAGGCGGCGGCAGCAGCAUGAGCAGCUCCAGCAGGCCUUGGAGGUCCAGCUACGAGAAGCUGAGGAGGCGCGUGUCAGCAUGCAGGCGGAGAUGGCGCUAAAGGAGGAGGAAGCCGAACGGCAGAGGAAGAGGAUCCACGAGCUGGAGGAUAUGCAGAAGCGAUUGGAGGAGGCCCUGCAGCAGGAGAUUAAAGCUAGGCUGGAUGAGGAGGCUUUCCGCUACGCCCAGGCGGGCUUACUUGCUGAGGAAGAGGAGAAAAUGAAGGCACUGAUGAACCUCCAAGAGGAGCAGGAAGAAUACAUCCUGAAGACACAGAGGGAGAAGCAGGAGUUGAAGCAGGAAAUGGAGGCCAAGUCGCGGGCCCUUGAGGAGGCGCAGAGGCAACUGGAGGAGGUUCGGGCCAACCGGCACAGGGUGGACCAGGAUGUGGUGGCUGCCCAAAGGAAACUUCGCCAAGCAAGCACCAACGUCAAGCACUGGAAUGUCCAGAUGAACAGACUGAUGCGACCCAUUGGACCUGGGGAAAAAAGACCUUUGUUGGGAGGCUCCUUGUCAUCUUUCCAGAUCCCAACCCAGAGAGACCCCGGACUUCGUCUCAGACCAAUAUCCAGUGCAGAGGAUGGAGACAAGGAGUGCAAAGAAAAUGUUGAUGGCAGAGCAGAGGGCGAUUUAGAGAGACGAAACUCCCACACUUCCAAUGGAAACAUGGACAUGCCCGAGAUGCACGGCUCAUAGAAGACAGUGUCAUCUUCAAUUUUUAUUUAAAACUGAAAAAAAAUUGAAAAUAUAUUCCUUUUUUUGAAGUGUACAGUUGAGCAGUUUAAUUUUUGGUUUUAUUUAAAACCAAAUGGCAUUUGUCACAUGUAAAAAAUAAGUCUUUAAAAAUGUUUUACAAUGCAUUUGAAUGAUUAACCAUUCACCUGACUGUGUGGGACACAAAAAUGAUGUGAGCAAUGAACUGUAACUGGGAUGUGUACACACAUUAAACCAAUGAUGCUUAUCAACCUUUAAUAUUGAAUGUACUAGUAUAAAUAUUAAUUAUUUGGAUCUUUACUUCAAUCCUAUGACAUAUGAUUAAUGUUAUGACAUGUAUGCAACAGUCCCAUUAUUAGUCAAAUAGAUUAUU